AUGAGCGAGGGCGCAGUGCGAGAUCGCUCUUGUUCUAGGCAGUGUGGGGCAAGGGUUUCUCUCCAGUUCGGCCCAAGCCGCAGCCACUUAGUACCCACAGAUCCGGCCAUGGGCAUGUGCGCCUUUGCUGGACAAGAGGAUGGGGCGAGCGCUCCGAGCGCCUCGAGCGGAAGUGGAGGAAAAGCUGCCACGAGUAAAGGCCCACGGCAGUUCCAAGUGAUGCGGAUCGAGGAGAACAGCCACAAGCCCAACGAGUUCUCCAGAAAGCUGCUGCAGCAAAUUGGAGGUGUUCCUCGACUGCUGGAGAUGACCACCUGCUUCUACACCAAGGUCAUGGCCAACCCGCAUCUGGAACCCUUCUUCGCCUCUACAGAGGUGUCGCAUCAUGCCCCGCGCCUGGCGAACUGGGUGGCAGAGAAGAUGGGCGCUCCUGAGCAGCCGUGGACGCGGGAGCGGGCCGGCCGCAAGCGUAACGAGGAAACGCUGAAGCAGCAAAUCCUGCAUCCCAACCACAAAGGAGUUCUGGAGCUGGAGGACUUCCUGGUCCACGACCGCUCCUCCGCACAUUUUGCAGGCUGGCACAGCGCAAAGCGGAUGGGCUGCCCCAUGCACAAGGUCGGAGAUCACUUCAAGCUCGAUGACAGCCGCGUGUGGAUGCGUCUUCACUUCUGGGCUUGCCGCGAGGUUGGACUUUUCGGACCCUCGGGCGGUGAACGCACCAAGCUCCAAGUCGACUUCGAGAACUUCUACACGCGCUUCAUCGGCCACUUCGUGCGCAUCUACGAGCGCAGCGCGCCGGCCUUCGCACGCCUGGAGUGUCAGUGGAGCGAUGAGUCCACGCCGGCCGGCAAGGCCAACCUCGAACGCUACUGUGCCCUGCAGCGAGAGACGCCGGACUACAUGGAGAAGAGGCUUCAUGGCAUGGACGACGUGGUCGGUCUACGAGAUCCCGCAGAGGCCCGAAGGCGCGUCGGCGGGAUUCGGGACGACGGCUGGCCCUACUCUGACGACGGACUGUUUGUACCUGAGUAG